CAGAGGAGAGGAGAGCGCAGCGCAUCUCACCCCGGUCCUCCUCAAGCAGCUUCAGGCUUCUGCGCUCCACGCUCAGCCUGAUUUAUUUUUUCUGGAGCAUUCACUUUUAUCCAAAGAAACGACCAUGAUAAAUAUGAAAUAAUAAUAUUCGUCACUUGUUGGAUACGGAUGGUUUUUAUUUCCCGGCGUGGCGUUUUUCUCUUUUGUUUGUUUCCCUCGUCGAUCAGUGUGUGGAAUGGUCUGCGUUUUCUCUCCUGGGUCGUUUCCACUUCAGCAUGGGAACUGCGGUGUCCAAAAGGAAGAAUCUGAGGAGUGAUGCCAUAUCGUCCGUGGCCGCUAAAGUUCGAGCAGCCAGAGCAUUUGGAGAAUACCUGUCCAACACCAAUCCAGAGAACCGCAACGGUGCAGAUCAUCUGUUGUCUGACAGCUUCCCAGGCCAGAACUGUGACUCUCCAGACGUCAGCCGCUUGCAUAACAACAAUCUGCCACCACAGAGCCGCUGUUUGUCUAUAGCUAAACCCAACCAGUCCACCCCCUCCAAUCCUAGUGCUCAUCCACAGCCUCAGGUCAGCACCCUCCAGGCUCAAGCACCUUUGGGCCCCUCCAAACGUCGACUCUCUGUUGAGCGCAGCCUUUCCGCAGAGGAGCCACCGGGUGCCAGAGGCCCAGAGGGGAGCGUGGUGGUGAAGCCGGCCAAGGUGUACACAAUCACCAAGGAAGGAGGGAUGACCCUGGGAGGCCGUGGCAGCGAGGAGAGCCUCGAGCUGGAGGUGCUGAAGGGUUCAAGAGAGCAGUCUCUUUCCCAGGGCUCUGUCAACCAGAACCCGUCCUGCACCAGCCAGCCAUUUGCCACAGCCGCCUGCAGUAGCAAUCACCGUAGUAGCCAUCACCGCAGCAAUCAUCACCAUGUCCACCAGCAUCACGGAGGCCCGCCAUCCUCAUCGCAACCACUGCAGAGCUCAGGGAGUGCCAGCAACAUCCGUGACUGGGGGAUGAGGAGAGGGGGGUCGCGGGACGACUACACCCCAGACUGCGUGGCCUGUAUUCGGGCUCCGUGCCAAAGUCAGCGCUCUCUGGACCUGGACACAUCACCACGAGAUGGAGGGAAGCACCGCAAGAAACUGGAGAGGAUGUACAGCGAAGACAAAGCAUCUACUGAUGACAGGGAGGACAAUCCUAAUAGCUGGUUCCCCAAAGAGAAUAUGUUCAGCUUUCAGACAGCCACCACCACCAUGCAGGCAAUAUCGGCUUUCCGAGGCAUUGCUGAGAGAAAGAGGCGGAAAAGAGAGCAGGAAGCUGCCACCAUGAUGGAGAGAAAUUUCCGCAAACACCUUAGGAUGGUGGGCAGCCGCAGGAUGAAGGUCCAGACCUUUGCCGAUCGCCGAGCCAAGAGUUUCAGCCGCUCGUGGAGUGACCCCACCCCCGUCAAGCCUGAUUCACUGCAUGACUCCAGAGACAGUGGCGAGAUUCAGACCUCCUCAGGGACACUAGAUGAAGGGCUGGAUGAGGAUGGCGACUGGGAGGAGGAGAGGGAGAUAGAAAGAGUGGCCUGUGAAGGAGACGACUUCAUCCCGCCUAAAAUCAUGCUAAUAUCCUCCAAGGUCCCAAAGGCUGAAUAUGUUCCCAACAUCAUUCGUAGGGACGACCCCUCCAUCAUCCCCAUUCUUUAUGACCAUGAACACGCCACGUUUGAUGACAUCCUUGAGGAAAUCGAGAAGAAGCUGACUGCCUACAGAAAAGGCUGCAAAAUCUGGAACAUGCUCAUUUUCUGCCAGGGAGGUCCAGGACAUCUGUACUUGCUGAAAAAUAAAGUCGCCACCUUCGCAAAGGUGGAAAAGGAGGAAGACAUGAUCCAAUUCUGGCGGCGGCUCAGCAGGUUGAUGAGUAAGCUGAACCCCGAGCCUAACCUUAUCCACAUCAUGGGCUGCUAUGUGCUGGGGAGCGCUAAUGGAGAAAAGCUGAUUCAGACGCUGAAGAGGCUCAUGAGACCCUCCUCAGUUGAAUUCAAGUCCCCGCUAGAGCUGUCUGCACAGGGCAAAGAGAUGAUCGAGAUGUACUUUGACUUCCGUCUGUUCCGCCUGUGGAAAAGCCGUCAGCACUCGAAGUUGCUGGACUAUGAUGAUCUCUUGUGAUUUCGCCCGCCUUCUGUUGGCUUGUUGGUCGAUUAUCGCAAGUCUGAGCCUACUGUACGGUGACAGAGCAUUUGGUUGAAGGGCUCCUGAAAUGCUCCUCGACCGGCUCUGCGGCUGGCACUGGAGAAGCAGCGCAUUUGGGUCGUUUUUUUCCCCCUUCUGACGAGACAGGGUGGCCCUGUAGAUUCAGCCAGCAGUGUACUUUUUCUCCCUUGUCCAUUUUCACUUUCUGCCUAUCUCUCUGAAAAGAGACGGAAAAGAGAGGGACAAGAAAAAGGAGGAGAAGCGAGGGACUCAUCAUCCUAGCCUAAAUAUGUCAGAAGACGCUAACUAGAGUUAGAUUCCUGAGUUCAGUGAGGAUGUUAGAUAAAAGAGUGACAGCAAGGAACAGAAAUAACUCUUCCUUAUCUAAGGUGACAGAUUUUAUUUUACUUUUGCCUUUAGCCAACCAAUCUGCUCUUUUAAGAUGGAGGCUUAUAAGGAUGGAAAUAUUUUCUUUGUGUAGUGUGGAAAUUAUUCAGGAUUAGAGCUCAUAUGUAAAGUGUUUACUGGAACAUUAGAUAAUAGAUUUCCAGCAUCUUUCUCCAUGCUAUCAUGUGAAAAUCUAGAUAUUUAAUUAGUCUAAAAAUUAUAGUUGUCUAUUUAACAUAGUUUUUUUAAACUUCAAAUAAGUGUGUUAGUAUUUCGUACGGACUGUUGUAUUAACUCAGGUUAAAUCCCUUGUUUGAUACUAAGAUAUGUGUUUAAACUCCGUCGGCAACAUACUGUAGAUCAGAAUCCAAGGCCUUCAUACUCCACACAGUCUCCUUCUGGGGAACGUUAUGACCGUCAGGGAUGUCAUAUCUUAAUGUGUGUGUGAAGAGCGGAGGUUUUCUACAUUCUCAUUGUCUUUCAAGUCAACUGACAGAUGUAUCCAUGCAUGUUUCAUAACAUCAACAGCAUUACAACACUAGCUAUUUCUAGAGCGGUUGGUUCGCAGGUGCUGAUCCUUUUUAGUGUUUGUACUGCAUGUGUGUGUCCAUAGCUUACUUGCAUUUUGUCACUCUGUGAAGUGGUUGUAGGUGGAAACACCAGACUUUUUACACCAUGGCAGUGAUUUUAUAUGGAGUAGACAAAACUACAUACUGAGAACAUACAUGUUGUAUAUUUCAUUUACUUCAACACUUCAUUUACUCACAUUGUUUUGGAGCAAAUUAGAUUUUCCUAUUUAAGACUUAACUUGAAUCACUCAAAGUAGCAAUGGAGUGGUAGAGAUGAUACUUUGCUUUUGAGUUUUUUGUUUUAAUCACCUCACCACCAAUUUAUUGUUUCUGUGUUGAUACACUCUAAGUAACAGUGCACAAUAUCAAGGUCUGUGUCUCAAAACAUCGUCUCUAAGUAAAUUAAUAUUCAUUUGAAAACAUCUUAGUCUAUAAGAUGUUGCCAGAAGCAUUGAAAUGAGUGAUGAAUUAUGUAUGUUUUGUGUUAAAAUUAGGAACUUAAAGCAAUUCAGUAUUGCACUUCCAUCAUGUUGGGGGACUUAUAGGAGACAGAUCAGAAAAAGAAUUGUCAACAUUUGUGGAUCAAGAUAUCCUGCCUCUUAAUCUCUACUAUAAACUCCAAAACACUGGAUCUUACAUUUACCAUAAUGCAAUUGGAUAAUGUAUUUUUAUGAUUAGCCUCCAUGGCUGGUAAAUGUCUCUUAAACUUCAAAUCCCAACUUUUGUAACGCAGACUUUGUGUUAGCUUGUGUUGUCUUAGCUCAGAAACCUUGAUGACAUCAUCAGGGGUAUUUUCUCAAUCUCUGAAGUGAACUGAUCUAUGUGUACUAAAAAAUUGAAAGCUUCCCCAGGCAGGUGUCAUUAAAGGUUUUACAUACUGUCCUCCAUUAUAUCACACAUUUUACAACAGAUGCCAGUAUUAGUGUACUCUGCUGCAUUUUUAUUAUUGACUGGUAUUCAUUA